AUGGUUGAUGUUGGCGAAGACGGCUUUACCUUUGAUCCUGACACUAUCCACGUUCCUUCGGGUGGCGUAGUCGAGUUCCAUUUCUAUCCAGGCGAUCACUCGGUAGUUCAGGCCGCUUUUAACAACCCAUGCCAUCCUAUGAGCGAUACUAGCUUCUUCAGUGGAUUUAUGGCAUCUGCCCACGACGGAUCGCCCGUUUGGAGCUUGACCGUUAAUGAUACAAAUCCGAUCUGGUUCUACUGCGGCCAGGUCGGACAUUGUCAAGCCGGGAUGGUUGGUGUGAUUAACCCUUCUGGCUCGGACACUCUUGAUGCAUUCAAGUCGGCAGCUUCGAGUGCAAAUGGCGACAGCGUACCAUCCGCGGCGCAAGGCGGCAUUCUCGGUACACCGAGUUCUAGUCAGUCAAGCACUGCCUCCAGCAGUAUGUCUGCUACAAGCAGUUCAGCCACUAGCAGCAGUAUGACUACCACCAACAGCCCGUCUACUGCCAGUGGGUCACCAACCAAGACAGCUAGCUCCAGUCCUAGCACCACGAGCGCUACGAAUGUGGCAGGAAAAUUGGAUGUUUCAACUGAUCUGGGUGUCUUGUCCAUUAUUACUUUAAUGCUGGCUAUGUUCCUGAUGUAG